AUGAAAGUAAAAGCACCAAUAUUACUUUUAUUUGUAUUUUUAAUAAAUUUUUGUUUUUCAAUAAAACAAACCCAACAACAAAAUUUUGAUAUAACUAUAGAUAAUAAUAAUUAUAAUAAUAAUAAUAAUAAUAAUAAAAAUGAAAUUAUAAAUAAUAAUAAUAAGAAUAAUAAUAAUUUAAAUGAUGAAUAUUUCGAAAAGUUAGGAUAUGAUACAAAUGGUACAAAAUGCGAUAUUUGUAAAUUUGGAAUUAAUCAAGUUCAAAAGAUGAUUGCUUCAAAACAAGGAAUUGAAGAUAUUUCAAAAUAUGCUAUUGAUUUAUGUACAUAUUUACAUAUUGAAAAAGCUGAAGUUUGUAAUGGGUUAAUACCAUUAUUUGCAAAUAUGACAUAUAAUGUAUUAUCAUAUCCAACAGUAACUGGUGAAUAUGUUUGUGGAUUUGUUGGAUUUUGUCCAUAUGUUCCAAGAAAUUCAAGUAAUAUUAUUAAUUUCCCAAAACCAAAACCACCUCAUGUUCCACCAGUUGCACCAUCACCAAAUUCACCAACAAUGAAAAUUUUACAUAUCUCUGAUAUUCAUGUAGAUCCAGUUUAUGAGAGUGGUAUGAAUGCAGAUUGUGGUGAACCAUUAUGUUGUCGUGCACCAAAUGGACCAGGAGUUGGUGAAAAGGCAGCAGGAGAGUGGGGUCAUUAUCUAUGUGAUAUCAAUAUGAAAAUGGUUGAGUCAAUGUUUGAAUUUAUUGAUCAAGAAUUUGGUGAAGAUAUUGAUAUUGUAUUUUGGACAGGUGAUAAUCCACCACACGAUAUUUGGGAGCAAACAUAUGAUAGUCAAAUCAAUGCAUCCCAAUUGGUAACCAAUUUAGUAAAGAAAUAUUUUGGAUCGACUGCAAAGGUUUUCCCAGCAAUUGGUAAUCAUGAAUCACUCCCAGUCAACUCUUUCCCAUUGCCACCAGGUAGCUCAUGGAUUUUCAAUGCCCUUUCCUAUGACUGGAGUGACUGGGUCAAUGUUGACGAACAAGUUGCAAACCUUCAAUAUGGUGGCUACUACACAUUGCCAGUUCAAUCGGGUCUUCGUGUAAUCUCGUUGAAUAUGAACUGGUGUAAUAAUGGUAACUUGUAUUUGGCAGAGAAUUCAACCGAUCCUGCAAAUAUGUUACAAUGGAUAGUGGAUACUUUACAAGCAUCUGAAGAUAUUGGUGAAAAGGUUUAUUUAGUUGGUCAUAUUCCACCGGGUAUACCAGACUGUAUCGAUAGUUGGUCUGAGCAAUUACUUCAAAUAGUCAAUCGUUAUGAAGAUACUAUUUUAGCCUCAUUCUAUGGUCAUACUCAUAGAGAUGAAUUUUCAGUUUAUUACACUCAAUCCGAUGAAAAUGAUCCAUCAUCACCAAUGAGAGCUAGUAAUGUCAUUUAUACAACACCAAGUGUUACAACCUAUCAACAUCAAAAUCCAUCAUUCCGUAUCUUUACAGUGGAUUCAAACACUGGUUAUCUUAUGGAAUCAAGUACCUAUCAUACAGAUCUAAGUCAGGCCAAUCUCAAUGGUAAACCAACUUGGUUAUUGGAAUAUAAUACAACCAACACUUAUAACAUUCCAAAUUUAACUCCAAUCUCUAUGGAUUUAGCAAUUCAAAAUAUUAACUCUAGCAAUUCAAUGUUGGAAGAUUAUCAUGUUCAUUAUUAUUCAGCUUCACCAUAUCCAGAAUCAAAACCUUGCACCUCUAUCUCUUGCAAAUUAGAUUACAUUUGUAAAAUGAAAUCUGCAGCUUACUUAAAAUAUUAUGAAUGUAUUCAUCAUGAAGUUAAUAAUUAUCUUUUAAAUGAAUCUGAUGAUGAUUCAAUUAAAUCUCAUAAAAAAUUAAAUAUCCUUUUAGAUUUAAAUAAUUAUUUAAAUAAUGAAGUUUUAAAAUCUUGUUAA